UAAUUGAUAUGGCCCCUCCACAACAAAAAGACAAAGCCUCAAAUCCUUUCUUUAUCUUAAAAUAAUAAUUUAGAGAGUCCACUUGCCACACUCCAAAACAACAAAAGAACCACACAAGUCAAAAUCUUGAAAAAGGAUCCUUCCUCUCUCCAACACAAGAAGCUCACUACGAAACCUCUCACUUCCCACCUCUAUAUAACCUCCAAUCACAAAAACUAAAAACCCACAUUCAAAACCACAAUCGAAAACACAAAUAAGACUCCAGCAUCAUCUAUGGCUUCUUCACAUCAACAACAACAACAACAACAAUUAGAACAACACCAAUCAGGUUUAGAUCUCAUAACCCAACACCUCCUUACCGAUUUCCCUUCCUUAGAGACCUUUGUCUCCACCAUCUACCACUCCACCACCUCAAGUACCCUAAGCCAACGCAAGCCACCUCUUGCUACCAUUGCAGUUCCUACUACUGCACCGGUGGCUCAAGAGGAGGAGGAGCAAAGGCAUUACAGAGGCGUCAGGAGACGACUGUGGGGUAAGUAUGCGGCUGAGAUCAGAGACCCUAGCAAGAAAGGUGUUCGUGUUUGGUUAGGGACUUUUGACUCAGCCAUAGAAGCUGCAAGAGGUUAUGACAAAGCUGCUUUUAAACUACGAGGAAGCAAAGCUAUUCUUAACUUCCCACUCGAAGCAGGCAAGCACGAGGACUUAGGAGACAACAACAAGAGGACUGUGUCUUUGAAAGAAAAGAGGAAGAGACAAGUAACAGGGGACGAAAGCCACCUGAGCAGCCAUAAAGCUGUGAAGAGGGAAGAAGUUCAGGCUCAGGCUGAUGCUUGUCCAUUAACACCGUCAAGUUGGAUGGGGUUUUGGGACAAAGCAGACAGUAAAGAGAUGGGAAUAUUCUCCGUGCCUCCUUUAUCUCCUUAUCCAUCUCUUGGAUACUCUUCACUAGUGGUUACGUAAACGUCCGAGGAUCAAAUCUGGAAAUAUCUUAACAUUAGGUGACAUUAGCAACUUUAGAUUGUGUUAAAAGCUUCUAAGAUUAGCUGAUUGUAAAAAAAACAAUGCUUUUCUAUAUUCAUUCAUUCUUCUUAAAUGCGAAUCUUUCUACCUUUCCUUAAA